CUCUGGUUGAAGACUCACAUCUAGAACUUCAACCAUGGGGUUUGAUUGGCAUCUAGCGGGGCCAAGGAGAUUGGAUUGGCGUCCGCGCCGUUUAUUGCAGGCUUUUGCAGCCACAGUGCGGGCCCAAAAGUAGGAAGCGGGCCCAAAUCUUCGCCGAUAUUGCUUUUAAAUUGACUUGCGAAUUAUCCAAAAUCCCUGAGGCACGACGUCGUGAGCGUGGCUGAGCAGCAGCGGGUAAAGAGUCGAGAGGCAAGUGAUAGUCAGAUUUGAAAUUUGUGAGCACUGAGCACAAAAACAAUAAAAUUAGAUCACCUUCGGACCCCGUGACUUGACUUGACUUGUCGAAAAGGGGGAACAGGCUUCUCGAAGCGAAGACAGCCGAGCACUAUCAGCAAUGUGAGGCCAGUCAUCAUGGCAGACUUCGACCUCGCUGCCACCUUCAUCCCAUCCCUCCACAAGCCAGCCUCACUUCUACCAAUUGCUCGACAUAGGCAAAAUCUCCUCUACCUCAUCGAGACUUAUCCAGUCACAAUAGUCGUUGGCCAAACCGGCUCAGGAAAGACCACCCAACUUCCUCAAUAUCUCGAGCAAGCAGGAUGGUGCUCAGACGGCAAGGUCAUUGCCGUUACUCAGCCUCGGCGAGUAGCAGCAACGACUGUGGCAGUUCGGGUCGCAGAUGAGAUGGGUUGCGAAGUUGGUAAGGAGGUGGGCUAUUCGAUUCGUUUUGAAGAUGUCACUUCGGCUGCAACGCGGAUCAAGUUCCUCACAGAUGGCCUUUUGCUCAGAGAAGCGUUGGUGGACCCUUUGCUGUCACGUUACUCGGUCAUCAUGGUGGAUGAAGCUCAUGAAAGAUCUCUGAGUACAGAUGUCCUUCUUGGCGUGCUCAAGAAGAUUAUGAAAAGACGGCCAGAGCUACGAAUCAUCAUCAGCAGUGCAACCCUGCAAGCCGAGGAUUUCCUGAAGUUCUUUAUGGGCGAUGAAGUGCAAAAGCCCACAGCUGAACCAGCCCUCACCAUUGACGAUCUGAUCUCUCAAGGAAGCUCGGGGCCUCAGGAUACAGCUUUUGGAGGCAAUGUUGGUCGCAUCAUCAGUAUAGAGGGCAGGAUGUAUCCCGUCGACAUCCUAUACUUGGAGAAUCCAGCCGAAGAUUAUGUCGAAAAAGCCGUACAAACGGUAUUCGAUAUCCACACCAAAGAACUAGAAGGUGACAUCCUCGUCUUCCUAACCGGAAGGGAAGAGAUAGAUACAGCCGUCCAAGCAAUAUCCGAACGAGCAGCAAACCUCCAUCCUCGCUCUCAACAAAUAAUGGCCCUCCCCCUCUACGCCGGCCUCUCAACAGAGCAACAAAUGUACGUCUUCGAACCCGCACCAGAAAACACCCGCAAAGUAAUCUUCUCCACCAACAUCGCCGAAGCAUCCGUCACCAUCGACGGCAUCCUCUAUGUCGUCGACACCGGCUUCGUGAAGCUCCGCGCCUACAACCCCCUCACCGGAAUUGAGACCCUCACCGCGACCCCGGUAUCCAAGGCUUCCGCAACCCAAAGAUCAGGACGAGCCGGGCGUACCAAACCCGGAAAAUGCUUUCGUCUUUACACGGAGUCUUCUUUCCAAUCCAUGGACGAAGCCACCGUCCCCGAAAUCCAGAGAUCCAACCUCGCCCCGGUGAUACUGCAGCUCAAGGCCCUAGGAAUUGAUAACAUCGUCCGCUUCGACUUCCUCACCUCACCCCCGGCCGAACUCGUCAUCCGCGCCCUCGAACUCCUCUACUCCCUUGGGGCUCUCGACACCUACGCCAAACUCACCAAGCCGCUCGGAACCCGCAUGGCGGAAUUAGCGGUUGAGCCCAUGAUGGCGAAAACUUUGCUGUCUGCCCCCUCCUUCAACUGUCUCUCCGAGAUCCUAACAAUAGCAGCUAUGACGAGCGUAGGAGGCAAUAUCUGGUUCCACGACGGCGAGAAGAAGAAGAUGGAGACUGCGCGGAGGAAAUUCGCUGUUGAAGAGGGCGACCAUAUUACGCUUCUUAAUGUGUAUCAGGCGUUCGUUACCAAGGGGAAGAAAGAAGCUCGCUUCUGCCACGACAACUUCAUUAACUUCAAGUCCAUGACGAGAGCUGUAUCCAUCCGAGCACAACUCAAACGCUACUUGGAAAGAUUCGGCAUGAACGUCGACGAAACUCUCUCCUCCACCUCCACCUCCAAUCCCAACAAGACACCACUAGCGGUUGGUGGUCCCGAUAAAGGCGAGCAAAUCCGGCGCUGCCUAACAACCGGAUUCUUUGCCCACGCAGCAAAGAUGCAGCCGGACGGCACAUUCAGGAACGUAGCCGGAGGCACGAUAUUACACGCUCAUCCUAGCUCACUGAUGUUUAACCGCAAGGCAGACUGGGUUAUCUUCCACGAGGUGAUGGAGACGGGGAAUAAGACUUUUAUUCGGGAUGUGAGUAAGAUUGAGAAGGGUUGGUUGGUGGAGUACGCGCCGGAUUUCUAUAAGAUUCGAUAGUUGGGUUAGGUUGGGAGAAUGAAUGGGUGAGCAUGACCAACGACACUCUGUUCGCUCAAACCUGCGGCUUUCCAUGAGGUUGAAAAUUGUCUCAGGCCAGAAUGAAAGCUUUGACAAGAUACAACGCGGUGCGUGCCCGUGCAAUGAGCACGGAAACCCCGCUACUUUGAAGCCACACAACUCCUACUUCCAAGACUACAUGAUUAAUGGACCCAAUCUCUCUUUAACGUCCAACUUGAAGUC